AUGGGCAAGAGUCAGCGCGCCAAGCCGCCGCGCGACGGCGACGACGCGGCGCGCGCGACGUCGACGCGGGCGGAGGACGCGUUCGAGCUCCUGGCCGACACGGUCGCCGCGGCCGUCGACGCCGUCGAGCUCGCGGCCCACGCGGGCGGCCUCUUUUUCGGCCUUGGCCUCGUCGCCGCGCACGCCGCGGCCCGCCGGGGCCUCUGGGCGGCGGCCUGCGCCUGGUGCGUCUGCAACUGGACCUUUUCUGGGCGGCGGCCCGCGCGGGCCGCGGCGGCGGCGGCGCUCGCCGCGGCCCUGAGCGUCGCCGAGAGCGACACAAUAGUACUAGCGUCGCCCGCGGAGACGGAGGUCGUCUGGCUCCUCCGGCACGCGCUGGCGCCGGCGGUCGUGGGCUGCGUCGGCGCGCACAGCGUCGUCGCGCUCGGGCGCGCGGCGGGCGUGGCCCUGGCGACCGGAGGCGCGCCGCCGCGCCCCGGCCGCGGCGGCCGCCGGCCGCCGCGGGCGCGCGCGGGCGCGCACCACGCGGUCGUGGCGGCGGCCUUCGCCUACGCGGCGGCCGUCUACGCGUGCCGCGCGACGCGCGCGCCCCAGGCCAAGGCCCUGCUCGGCCGCGGCUCGACCGCCGUCGCCGCGGCGUGCGCGUCGCUGGCCGCGGCCGUCGCGGGGCCGCCGCCCCUCGCGCUCGCGGCGGCGGGCGCGGCCGCGGCCGCCGGCGCGGCGCGGGGGGACUGCGCGUUCUGCCUCGCGUCGGACGCGGGGCCCUCGGUCGUCGCGGACCGUGUGGAAAUCAAAGUUUUACGGCGCGUUCGUGCUGACUCGUCGCGUCGUCCUCCACGCCGUCGACGCGGCGCCCGCUCGACGGCGCGGCGCCGCCGGUUCCUCGCCGCUCGACCGAGCCAGGGCGGCCGCGCCAUCGCCGAGACAUGACCUAGUGAAGAAUUGUCGGGUGCACCCGACGCACCGGUUGACUUCCACACAGGUCGCGGAGCUCGACCCGGAUCAGCUGGGCGGCGACGUCACGGAGGUCUUCCUGGCGUCGCUCAAGCUGCUGGGCGACAACGCGCAGCUCGACGGCGACCUGGGGUCGGCCUUCGACGCGGUCGCGCGCCGGCCGCCCGGCGGCGGCGGCGCGCGGACGGAGGACGCCUGGCACCGGCGGAACGCGGCGGCGGACUGGGCCGGCGAGCGCGUGCCCCUCCAGCAGGAUUUGAUUCUCGAGCUGCGCCACACGAAGCUCGAGCUGCGGCACCACGCGACGCGCCUGGUCUGGGGCGCGGGCGCCGCGCCGCCGCGGCAGCCGGAGCGGGCCUGCGUGGACCUGGGGGGCGGGCGGAGGGCCUGCCCGGCGGGCGUCGGCACGGCCUGGAGGCUCCGGGGCCACUUCUCCUACGAGGCGCAGGCGCGCAAGGUCGCGCAGCGGCGCCUGAACGUGACCGACGGGCGGCGGAACGCGCUGCUGUACCCGCCGGGCGCGCACGCCGCCUGGCACGCCAACACGUUCGACAGCACCCCGGGGAACAACUGGCGCCUCUACCUCGCCAUCACCACGGGCAACGCCACGUUCCUCUUCAGCGACGAGAACGGCACGACCGUGCGGCUCCGCGAAUCCGCACGGCCGGGCACGCCGUCCUUCGCCGCGCGCCUCUUCCGCGUGGGCCGCUGCGACCGGCGCUGGCACUCGAUCGUCGUCGACUCGGGGCUGCGCUUCUCGUUCGGCUACAUGCUGUCUGAUAAGACGGCCGCGGGGCUCAUCGCGCGCGCGGUCCGGACCUAUAAGUGAAUUCCUGUG